UUCUUAACAGUUCCACGCUAGCCCACACCACAGCUCCCCGUGCACUCGCAGCAGACAAUCUUAUUCCCCAGCUACUUAAACCCUUUCCCCUUCGCCGUCACACACAUCUCUCUCUGUCUCUCGUAACAUCCGUAGCUCUUUUAAACACAGGGUAGACGAUGGCAGCCAGCUCAGCAAGUGCGCUUUCUAUUGGAUCGAUAAUCUAUGCCUCCAAAGCUAGCUCACUUUCACAAUCAAAAGCCUAUGGAAUGAACUUCAACACACGGAGCCGUCUGAACGAUUUCAACGGCCUCAAGGCAGUUGCAUCUGUAAACCAUAACUCCAGAUCAUCAUUCUUGGGCAAGGAAAACACUGCUGCUUUUCAAAAGUCAUUCACUCGGAGAGCCCAAAACCAGAACGUAACAUCACCAAACGCCUUUCAAGUUCAGGCUUCAUUCAAGGUGGCAAUUCUCGGAGCUGCUGGCGGCAUCGGCCAACCGCUAGCCCUUUUGGUGAAAAUGUCUCCUUUGGUCUCAGACCUCCACCUGUAUGAUAUAGCUAACGUGAAAGGAGUAGCGGCUGAUCUCAGUCACUGCAACACUCCCUCACGAGUUCGGGAUUUUACAGGAAACGAUGAGUUAUCCAACUGUUUGAAAGAUGUAGAUGUGGUGGUCAUUCCUGCUGGUGUUCCAAGGAAGCCCGGUAUGACCCGUGAUGACCUCUUCAACAUCAAUGCCAGCAUUGUAAAAACAUUAGUCGAAGCCGUAGCUGAUAACUGCCCUGAUGCUUUUAUUCAUGUAAUCAGCAACCCGGUUAACUCAACAGUACCGAUUGCGGCUGAGGUGUUAAAACAGAAAGGUGUAUACAAUCCCAAGAAGCUAUUCGGUAUUACCACUCUUGACGUGGUCCGAGCAAACACGUUUGUUGCUCAAAAGAAGAACCUGAAACUCAUUGAUGUCGAUGUCCCUGUUAUCGGAGGCCAUGCAGGAAUUACCAUUCUACCCUUGCUGUCAAAAACAAAACCUUCAGUUACCUUCACCGAUGAAGAAGUGCAGGAUCUCACUGUUAGAAUCCAAAAUGCUGGAACCGAGGUGGUUGAGGCCAAAGCCGGUGCAGGUUCUGCAACGUUAUCAAUGGCGUACGCAGCUGCACGAUUUGUGGAGUCAUCCCUUCGUGCACUUGAUGGAGAUACUGACGUCUAUGAGUGUUCUUUUGUUCAGUCUGAUCUCACCGAAGUCCCGUUUUUUGCAUCAAGGAUUAAGCUCGGGAAACAAGGUGUUGAGGCUGUGAUCUCUUCUGAUCUUCAGGGUUUGACGGAAUACGAACAAAAAGCUUUGGAAGCUCUUAAGCCAGAGCUUAAGGGAAGCAUAGAGAAAGGUGUGGCCUUCGCAAACAAGCAAACAGUGAGUUCUUGAAGUUCAAUGUAACAUAGAAGCAAUGUAGUGAGUAAUGAGUUAAUAACAAAGUUGCGGCCCGAUGUCAAACAUUUAUCGCCAGUUCAUAAGUUUUUGUAACAAGUUUUUUGUAGUAAGUUUUUAAAACCAUCUCAUAAA